AACCAAAUAUCCUAUUUAUUCACUCUUAUUUUGGAACCCUAGCCGCAUUCGUCUCUCUCCUAACGAUUCACUCUCUCACUCUCGCUCUCUCGUCUCUCUGCAUCUGAUUCCCUCUCAAUCAAUCUUCUUUGCAGAAUCAUCGAAAUCUCUCUCGAAGAAGCGUCAAGAUGUCGCGAAAAGGUUUGAUGGAGCAGGACCUGAAUAAAUUGGAUGUAACUAAGUUACAUCCCCUCUCUCCGGAGGUCAUAUCUCGACAGGCAACGAUCAAUAUUGGCACAAUAGGUCAUGUGGCUCACGGGAAAUCGACCGUCGUAAAAGCAAUAUCCGGUGUUCAGACUGUUCGUUUUAAGAAUGAAUUGGAGCGUAACAUUACGAUUAAGCUCGGAUAUGCAAAUGCGAAAAUAUACAAAUGUGAAGAUGAACGGUGCCCUCGACCUAUGUGCUACAAGGCCUAUGGAAGUGGAAAGGAAGAUAGUCCUUUGUGCGAUGUUCCGGGAUUUGAGAACGCUAGGAUGAAAUUGCUGAGACAUGUCUCUUUUGUGGAUUGUCCGGGGCAUGAUAUUCUCAUGGCUACCAUGCUUAAUGGAGCGGCAAUUAUGGAUGGAGCGUUGCUUCUCAUAGCUGCUAAUGAGAGCUGUCCCCAGCCACAAACUUCUGAGCACCUGGCAGCUGUUGAGAUUAUGCGCCUUCAGCACAUUAUAAUUCUUCAAAAUAAAGUGGAUCUCAUUCAAGAAAAUGUUGCCAUCAACCAGCAUGAGUCAAUCCAGAAGUUUAUUCAGGGAACUGUUGCGGAUGGUGCACCAGUAGUACCUAUUUCUGCUCAACUGAAAUAUAACAUUGAUGUUGUGUGUGAGUACAUUGUGAAAAAGAUCCCCAUUCCAGAAAGGAACUUUGUCUCUCCUCCUAAUAUGAUUGUUAUCCGAUCAUUUGACGUCAACAAGCCUGGGUUUGAGGUUGAUGAGAUAAAAGGUGGUGUUGCUGGUGGAAGUAUUCUCAGGGGUGUUCUGAAAGUGAACCAAUUUAUCGAGGUUCGUCCUGGGAUUGUGGUUAAAGAUGAGAGUGGAAACAUCAGAUGCACCCCAAUUUAUUCCAGAAUUGUUUCACUCUAUGCUGAGCAAAAUGAGCUGCAAUUUGCAGUGCCCGGAGGCCUGAUUGGUGUUGGUACAACAAUGGACCCAACUUUGACACGUGCUGAUAGGUUGGUGGGACAAGUUCUUGGUGAAGUUGGAUCUCUUCCUGAGGUUUUUGUUGAACUUGAGGUCAACUUCUUCCUUCUGAGAAGGCUUUUGGGUGUGAGGACAAAGGGCUCAGAGAGGCAAGGAAGGGUCUCAAAACUUACAAAAGGGGAGAUCCUCAUGUUGAACAUAGGAUCCAUGUCUACCGGGGCUAGGGUCCUCGCUGUAAAAAAUGAUUUGGCCAAGCUGCAGCUCACAUCCCCAGUUUGCACUAGCAGAGGAGAGAAGAUUGCACUCAGUCGACGAGUCGAAAAGCACUGGCGUCUCAUCGGAUGGGGCCAGAUUCAAGCUGGAACUACACUUGACGUCCCGCCCUCCCCCAUCUGAGCUGCCUCUCUGCAUACGUUUAACACAGAAAAAGUCGAGAAAACCAGUAUUAAAGUUUUUAAGGUCAAGGGAGAAAGAUGUGGGAAGGGCGACAAUUGUUGGGAACCAUUUUUGUGAGAUGGAGAAGAAAACCUUAUUUGGAUAAUAUUUUAGAUGUGACGCUUAGCGCCAAUUGUGAAUUUGAGCCUUCUUUUUGCAUUCUGAUCGUUGAGUUUUUGGUGGUUUGUUUAGAACCAUGCGCCGAGAUUCUUUAAAACUUCAUUAGCAAUUUGGUGUCA